AUGACCCCCCAAGCAGUCUUUGAUACCAACGAGGUGAGGGAUAAGGCGAGACGAGAUCUGCUGUAUCUUCUUGAGGCGGUUCGUGGCAAGAAGAACCUCGUCAUCGAGAAGAGCCUCGCCGGGCCUAUUGGCACCAUUGCCAAAGUCUCCACGCUGCAGGAUUACGGUGUUGAUAAGUUCUUCUUUCUCGAGAAUGGAAAUACCGAUACAAGUCAGAGCAACGUCAUCUUCGUGGCUCGUGGCGAACUGCAACGAGAGAGCCAAACCGGACACGACUUUCAUAUUUUCUGGGUUCCUCGCCGGACGCUCGUGACGCAUGCCAUACUCGAAGAGGCUGGAGUGCUUGGUGACGUGAGCAUCUCAGAACUACCACUAUAUUUUUUCCCUCUCGAAAAUGAUGUUCUGUCGCUCGAGCUAGACGAAACCUUCCAAGAUCUCUAUCUCGCAAAAGACCCGACUGCGUCGUUUCUCCUCGCAAAAGCACUUAUGGGUAUUCAACAGUGCCACGGUCUCUUUCCACGCAUUAUCGGAAAAGGAGACAACGCCAAACGUGUUGCUGAGUUACUGGACCGCUUCCGCCAGGAACUCCUGGCUGGCGAAGACGUUAGCGAUGCUAGUAAAGUAGGCCUCACACCGAGUACCACAACUGAGAGUGUCAUUAUUAUCGACCGCGAGGUCGACCUAGUCACGCCACUUCUCACCCAACUGACCUAUGAGGGUCUGAUCGACGAAUUGUAUGGAAUUCAGAACAAUCAAACCGAUGUCGACUCGACAAUCGUUGGUGCAGCUGCGGCAUCGACGAGUUCUGGAGGCGCACAACCUGCUUCUGCGUCUGCAUCGGCUGGUGGGAGUGCAUCUUCUGGUAUCUCCUCAGGGACGCGAAAACGAAAGAUUCAGCUGGACUCAUCUGACAAGCUCUAUGAAGAGCUUCGUGACGCCAAUUUCGCCAUUGUCGGCAGUCUGCUCAACAAGGUUGCCCGUAGGCUCCAGAGCGACUAUGAAGGCCGACACAGUACGCGAACCACGGCGGAAUUGCGAGACUUUGUCCAGAAGCUCCCAGGCUACCAAGCCGAGCAAGCCAGUCUCAAAAUCCACGCGGGGAUUGUUGAAGAGAUUUACAAAUACACUCGAAGCGAUGAGUUUAGCAGCCUUCUCGAGGUGCAGCAAAACCUGGCUGCAGGUGCGGACCCUUCCGCCCAAUUUGACGCCAUCGAAGAGCUCAUCGCCCGUGACACACCCUUGAACCAAGUCCUGCGCCUGCUCUGUAUCUACUCCUGUAUUUCUGGCGGUAUCAAACCUAAGGAAUACGACCAAUUUCGACGCUUGAUCCUCGAAGGAUAUGGAUACCAGCACCUCCUAACGCUGCAAAAUCUUGAAACCCUGCAAAUGUUUUUGCCACGAUCAUCUCCACUGGCCGGUAUGAUUCCAAUGGCUGGCUCUGCUGGAGCCACGGGCACAAAAACCAACUACACAUUUCUCAGAAAGCAGCUGCGGCUUAUCGUCGAUGAAGUCAGCGAGCAGGACCCAAACGACAUUGCAUACGUUUAUAGUGGGUAUGCGCCACUUUCGGUGCGGCUGGUCCAAUGCAUCCUGCAAAAGCAAUAUCUUUUGACAUUCACAAAAGGUAACGGUGUCACUAGCGGAUCCCAAGGCUGGCGCGGUUUCGACGAGGCGGUUAAACAUGUGCGUGGCCAGACGUUUGAUAUCCUUCAAAAGGGAGAAGACAAGGCUGUUAAGGCGAGGGCGCUGCUAUCUGGUAGCGGAAACAAGAAAACUGUGUUUGUUGUAUUCGUUGGCGGCAUUACUUUUACCGAGAUUGCGGCGUUACGGUAUAUUGCACGGAAAGAAAAAGGUGAGUCGACCCCAGCGACCAUUGUUUCCGCGCUCGAAUACUAA